UAAUUUCCCAUCACUUUAAACUCUUCGAUACUCUCCUAGUUUCCACCUCGCCUCCGCCAAAAUCUCAGUUUUGCUCUCUAACUCUUCGCAAUCCUAACCGUAGCCACCGUCGUCGCAGGCAACCAUGCCGCCAAAGUUCGACCCGACCCAAGUCGUUGACGUAUUCGUGCGAGUCACUGGAGGUGAAGUCGGAGCUGCCAGUUCCCUCGCACCCAAAAUCGGUCCUUUGGGUCUCUCCCCCAAAAAAAUCGGUGAAGACAUCGCCAAAGAAACCGCCAAGGACUGGAAGGGCUUACGUGUCACCGUCAAACUCACUGUCCAGAACCGUCAAGCCAAAGUCACUGUUGUCCCCUCCGCCGCGGCGUUGGUCAUCAAGGCAUUGAAAGAGCCCGAGAGGGAUCGUAAGAAGACAAAGAACAUUAAGCAUAAUGGGAGUAUUAGCCUUGAUGACGUGAUAGAGAUUGCUAGAGUGAUGAGGCCCAGAUCUAUGGCUAAGGAUUUGAGAGGAACAGUGAAGGAGAUUUUGGGAACUUGUGUUUCUGUUGGCUGUACGGUUGAUGGGAAAGAUCCUAAAGAUAUGCAGCAGGAGAUUUCUGAGGGGGAAAUUGAUGUUCCCUUGGAGUAAAAAAAGUGUUUUUUUUUUUUUUGGUUUCGCUUUAAUUAUUGUUUUCUUUUUUAAAGUUUAUGUUUUUAUAAGUUUUGGAUAACUGUUAAAAUGAUGAUGAUUAAUUCUCAUAAGGGGUUUAUUGAUGAUGAAAAUUGUGGAGGAUGGUGGAAUGAGAUUUAUGGUUUAAAUUUUGCUUUAGGUGAUUUUGCUUAUUGUGGAACGAAUAUUGGGAUGAAAUCUUAAUUUUGAUGAAUUUAUUUUCUGAUGCAUGUAAUUUGCUUCUGUGUUUGAUGAAUUGUUGAAUGUGUGGUAGGAUUUUUGAGUUUUGUGGUGAUUGAUUCUUAUUAUAAUUCUUUUUAUUUCCUCCUGCUUAUCUUCCGUUUUGAUAGCAUUUCGCCAUUUUGCUGAUGAUUAGUUCAGGCUGCUAGUUAUUUAAAUUUGUUUCAGUAACAUUACUGCCUCUAGAUGCUUUUGGACUGUAGUAAUGUAAGGUGUAUUGAUGCUUAAAUCAAUUGUUUCGAUGUGGUAUUAUAUUGAUUCUUAGAUUGACAACUAGCACGCAUUUAACUUAUGCUUUUUGAUUGUGCUAUUGCUCCUGGUUGCAGUUCUCUAUUGUUUUUUGAAUGUGUUUAUGGCCUAUAGAAUAGCUAUGGAUUUGAAGUUCAUGAUAUCUGUUGUGGAAUCCUAUUGCUAGGGCUGAGUUGUUCGGAUUUUUGAGAACCUUAGCGGUCUGUUGUGAUCUUAAGUUGUAAGUGGUCUAGGGGGUUCUCUUUCACUUUUCUUGCUUGAUAUUGAUACAAAUUAUUAGUUGAAUAUCACUUGAUAAGCAUUGGUUAUAACUUAGGUAGAUUUGGGAGGAAAAGCUUUUCUGCAUUGGACUUGUAGCUUCCAUAUUUGCACUGGAUAAUAUCCUUUGGGCAUCAAGUUGAUUGUCGUCAAUAAGGACAUGUCAGUCACUUCGGUAGCAUAUGGUGUCUGUAUGGAAUGAUGGAGUCAUUUUAUAUUCUGUCUAUUGUUCAUGGUACUUGAUCAAGAACUAGCUAUUUGCAUGAUAUUUGAUGCUUGAUCAAUUUCACUU